UAUGGCAAGAUCCCAGCUGGAACAUUAUCAUUGAACCAUUUGCACACCCCGACCUCAUCCUCGACAGGGACCAACAAAGCGCGUCCUGCAUGUCUUUGAGCGAUCCCGUAUAUACAGCAAUACAUCGGAUCACAUGGGGCCCGAGGAUCUCGCUAGAAACUGUGAUCCUCCAGUGUUGGCAUGUUGAUUCUCGAAAAGCUCCCCAAACAACGUAUAUCAAAGCCAUACCGCCCAUCCGAUCAUACAUUCAUUACCCAGUACCAUCACCAUGAAACUUUCCACCCCUCUGACAACCAUCCUGUGUACUGUCCCGGCUUUCGCUGCCCCCUUCACUUCCCAACGCCGCGAUCGCCAUCUCAAACGAGCUGCUCAACGCCAAUCCAAUCCCCCAAUUCCUGUUGUCGAGACCACUCUCGACAGCACUCAUGUCGGCAUCCCAGUAAACACUACCCACGCCGAAUACUCUACCAACUGGGCCGGCGCUGUGCUCAUCGGAACGGGCUAUAAGUCCGUCACCGGCACUAUCGUCGUGCCCACACCCAGUAUCCCCUCUGGCGGCUCGUCCAAAACCGAGUACGCCGCGUCCGCAUGGGUCGGAAUCGAUGGAGACACAUGUAGCACGUCAAUCCUGCAGACGGGUGUAGAUUUCUAUGUCCAAGGCAGCACUGUCAGCUUCGACGCCUGGUACGAAUGGUAUCCAGACUACGCCUAUAAUUUUGCCUCUAUCCCCAUCUCUGCCGGCAACACCAUCACCAUGACCGUCACCGCGUCCUCGGUGUCCGGCGGCAGCGCCACCGUCACAAACGAGUCCACCGGCAAGACUGUCACGCACACGUUCACCGCGCAGUCCGCGCAUCUCUGUGAGACAAAUGCUGAAUGGAUCGUCGAGGACUUUAGCAGCAGCGGGGGUCUGGUCCCGUUUGCGGAUUUCGGGAAGGUGGAGUUCACGGGCGCGAGUGCGAGCACUGGAAGUGCAACGGUUGGGGUGACGGGGGCUAGUAUACUGGAUAUCAAACAGAGUGGCACAGUGUUGACGAGUUGUGCCGUGAGUGGAAGUAGUGGGGUCGUGUGUGAUUAUGUGUAGAUAGCACACGGGCAUAUAAGAGAGGACAGUCUGCUUAGUGGGAGAAUACCGACGAGAUCUCUAAUACACACGAACUCGGUAGGGUUAGAUACAUCCUAAGUCGUGUGCUUCAUAAUAUUUUUUCUGUCGUUUCAGUAAUGAUGAACGUACAUAUUAUACAGGCCAGCUAUCACGGGAAGGAUAACUCAAAAAUUCGCUCAUCUAACUCAUAGGUAGGUCAAUGUUCCGCACCUCUGUCAGGUCGCCAGCGGCAAGUAUCGAACGUGCCUUCCACUAUUAGCUGCGCUGACUAGCCAAAGGCGAAAGA